GCUGUGCACAUUACUUGUGUAAGUGUGUAUAUACCAGCACGCAGUUGCUUCGUUCGUGUGUGAAAAAAUCAUAUUUUCACAACAGACGGCCAUCUUUAAUAUAGAUCAAAUUAAAUAGAACUUAAAGCGUGAAAAAAUUAUUUAAAUAUAUUGCGAAGCGGUAAUACAUUCAGCAACAACAACAACCGCCUGCGACAUUAUCAUUUGUAUUAGAUUUUUCGCUUUGUUGUAACUCCUCACCCACACUACCUGCAUUCACCUUCACACACAUAAAUACAUUCAUAUUCCAACAUCCCAACAAUCCCACAAAAAUCCACUCAAAAUUAUGACCAGUGUAAAGAUUAACGGCAAUCCGCAACAACAGUUGGGCAAGGGCAACAUGGCAUUCCGCGGCAACCAGAAUCGCAAUCGCAACUUUGGCGGUGGCGGCAAUCAAUAUGGCGGCCCCAUGGGCGCCAAUCGCAUGGGCGGCGGUGGCGGCAUGAAUAUGUCACCCUGGGAGUCGCAGAAUCCCGGCGGCGGCGGACAGUUUGGCAACAAUAUGCGCCAGGGUGGCGGCGGCGGUCAAAUGAACGCCCAGGCCAUCAACAAUUUGCUGAACAACCUGUUCAGAAACCAGCCUCCAUCGCUCCUCGACUUGCCACGCGGUGGCAUGGGCAAUCGCAAUCAACGCGGCGGACCGAUGGUCAAUCGCGGUGGCGGUGCCGGCAAUCGUCUCAAUAAUCGUCGUGGCCAAGGAGGUUUCCAAAAUCGUGGCGUUACUGGUGGUCCCAAGCCCCCCCAAAAGCAGGGCGCCGGCGGCAUUCGUAAGCAGAAUGCUUUUGAUCGUGCCAAGAAACUUUUGGCUAAAAAUGCCAACACUAAUAAAAAGAAGGAAAUUACUCCUGGCGAAAAGAAAAUUGAGAGUAGCGCAACACCCAAGGAAUCGCCGUACGCUAGCGUGCCGAAUGAUAUGUUCUACUGUCAUCUGUGCAAGAAGCACAUGUGGGAUGCCAAUUCAUUUGAGAAUCACAUCAAGGGACGCACCCAUCUGAUGAUGCGCGAGGGCAUUGAGGAGAGCUACCGCCUCAAGGCCAACAUGAUUCGUCAGGAGGCCAAACUUGCUGAGCAGCUCAAAUCUAUUGAGUUCGACCGUCUGAAGCGCAUGGGAAAGAGCAAGCAACGUCAGCUGGAUUACUGCACCAUGUGUGAUCUGAAUUUCCAUGGACACAUCUCGACUCAUCGCAAGUCCGAGGGACAUUUGCAGCUGAAGAAGUUCUUGCAUCCCAAGUGCGUGGAAUGCAACAAGGAGUUUGCCACACGCAUCGAUUACGACACCCAUUUGCUGUCGGCUGAUCAUCUGAAGAAGGCUGCUGAGAACAACACGAAGGUUGGAGAACGCAAGCGUCAGACGUUGCCCAUCAGCACGGCUGAGGAGGAGACACGCGAUCUGCGUCCACCACAGAAGCGCAAGAAGAAGCCCAUCAAGAAGGAGGGUGAGGAAUCCACCGAGGUCAAAAAGGAGCCUGAGGAGGGCGCCGAAGGCGAGGAAGCUGAGGGCGAGGAGGCCAAGGAGGGUGAGGAGGCUGCCGAUGAAACCAAGGAGGGUGAAGAUCUCAACGAAAGCCAGGAGGAGGAAGAGGUGGCUCUGCCCGUCGAUGCCGAGGACUGCAUCCUUGACUUUGCCGAGGGCGAUGAGAUCCCCAGCGAGGUGGACACUCGCCUGCCCAAAUACAAUUGGCAGCGUCCCGUUGGUGCUGCCCUCAUCUCAAAGCUGGAGUGCUUCGAGUGCGCUGUCUGCAGCAAAUUCUUUGACACAGAGAUCACCGCUGAGAUUCACUCACGCACAGCCACCCAUCACCGCAACUUCCUCAAGUUCAUCAACGAGAAGUCCAGCGAUACGAAGAUAGCACAAAAGCGCGCAGCCGCUGCCAUCGAGGAGAAUGAGCGCAAGAAGCGCAAGGUCGAGGAGUCUGAGGCUCCAGCUGCCGAGGGUGCUGGCGAUGAGGCAGCCGAGGGUGCUGAGGGUGAGCUCUACGAUCCAUCGGAGGCCACAGGCGACGAUGAGGACUUCGAGAUGAACGAGAAUGCCGAAGGUGAGGAGGAGGGUGGCGAGGAAGCCGCUGGCGAAGACAACGGCGACGAGAUGGACGCCCAGGAGGAGGAAGAAGAGGAAGCCGAGGCCGAACCAGAGCCAGAACCCGAGCCAGAGCCAACUCCAGUUCCCACACCCGCUCCCGUCGCACAGCCAGCUACACCAGCUAAACCCGAGUCAGCAGCCAAACCGGCAGCUAAGGCUGCUCCAGCCACACCCGCCGCUGCUGCCACACCAGCCCCAGCUGCGGCCACCACACCAGCAGCUCCCGCUGCAGCUGCCACACCGGCUGCUGCCACCCCAGAGGUUGCUCCAUCGCCAGCCAAGAAGCCACGCGCCGUCGCCGCAGCUGCUGCUGCUGCCGCCGCUGCAUCCCCAGCUGCUGGUCCCAAGGCAACGCCGCAGCGAAACCGUGCGCGUGGUCGUUACAACCGAUACUAGAGGGAGAGAUUUAGAGGUCGGCAAUACCUGGGCAUAAGACACAAUACCACAUAAAACAUAUUUAAUUAACCAUAACUUAAUGUUAUGUAUUCAUUACUCUUAAACAAUUUCCACAAACACACACACUCAAUUUGUGGGAGAUUCUCCUAGUUUCCCCUUCCCCCCAAAAACUGAACUAUUCUAUAGUGACAUUUUCACCUCAUUUUGCAUAAACGUUUUUGUAAUGGACACAGGCAUGAAUCAUCGCCGAAUAUUUCGCAAAGAUUCUGUGUCUUCGAUUGCAAACACAAAUAAAGAAAAUAAAAUUAGAACCAUAUACAAAGAAAUACUACAAUAUUAACAAAACGAAACAAAACAACAAAAACGCAUUCAAACUAUGUAAUGAUUAAAUUUUAAAAUAAAAAACUUACUUGUACAAGAAAAAAA